CUAAGAGGGACCACUGAAAGCAUGUGCGUGACCCAAGGAAGAGGAACGCGUGUUUGUCCGGUACCUCCACUGUAGUUUGCGGAAGCACGAGUUGUCUUUUGGAGGUGAAUCGCUCUCUACUCUAAUGUUUUCUGGAUGCCUGAAACCCUCCGUGAGACUGUGUACACCAUUCUGCAAGUCUUUCCUCACCACUUUCUCCAGCUCAUUCUCUUUGUUUCUUCCCCAAUUCUCUCAGUCUUUCUCAACACUUCAGAAGAACAUCCAGUCUCCAUUGUCUUCCCUAUUUUUAUACUCAGAACUUCACACUUCCCUCAACAUUAACACAGCCUUUAUCCAUUGUUAUUCAUCUUCCCCCCAAUCACUCUUUCCCUCUCCCCCUCUUUCUUGUUCUUUUUCCAUAUUUUCUUCCCUGUCGCAGUCUUUUCACCCCUGUGAACCCAUGGAUUUGUCAGAAGUCAUUGAGGUGCUUGAGCAGCUGGCUCCUCUGUCGUUGGCUGAACCCUGGGACAAUGUAGGACUCCUGGUGGAGCCCAGCAAAGCCCGUCUUGUUAAAACAAUGUUACUGACCAAUGACCUAACAGUACCAGUUAUGGAAGAAGCAGAGGCCAUGAAUUGUGACCUCAUUGUCUCCUACCACCCACCACUAUUUCGGCCUUUCAAAAAGUUGGUUCAGAGGGAUUGGAAGCAGCAGCUGGCAAUAAGGGCAGUCGAGGCAGGGAUUGCAGUAUACUCCCCCCAUACUGCUCUGGAUAGUGUGAGAGGUGGGGUCAACGACUGGCUGAUUGGAGGAGUCGGUAGCGGUACUGUGUCAGUGUUGAGUCAGGCUCUCAGCAGCACCCCCCUGAGUCACAAACUGGAAUUCUCUGGGAAGAAUUAUGAGGAAGUUAAGACAAUUCUGGAUGAACUAAGAGAGACAGGAGUCACUUUACAGUACACCACUACCAGACCAGAUAGUGAUGCAUACAAUGUAAGUGUCACCUGUCCUGACUCCAUGUUGACAUCUGCUGUCCAAACUCUGUCACGAUAUAACAUCUCUAAGGAGUCUCUCACCAUUUUGCAAGUCAACAAGCCACCUCUCCCAGGUUGUGGUCAAGGACGAAGAAGCACUUUGAAUGAACCUAUCCCCAUAGCAACAGCUGUGCAGCGAAUUAAAUCACACCUGGGGUUGAGUCAUGUGAGACUAGCUCUUGGUGCCCAGCACACUCUUGAGACUCCAGUCACCACAGUGGCAGUGUGUGCAGGAUCUGGAGCAUCAGUUCUGCAAGGAGUGAAAGCUGACCUCUUUGUAACAGGGGAAAUGUCACAUCAUGAGGUCCUGGAUGCUGUUGCCGCAGGCACAAGCGUUAUCCUCAGUGACCAUAGUAACAGUGAGCGAGGAUUUCUCUCAGUGCUGAGAGAAAGGCUGUUGGUGCGGUUACCUGACUCAGUCUCUGUCAAGUUGUCCCAGAGAGACAGGGAUCCCUUGGAGAUAUUGUAAUUGAAUCUCAUCAGGAAUUUCAGUGUUGAUGAGACAGUAAAUAAAGCAAUGUCUGGAUAGUCCUAAUUUCAUAGAGCACUCACUCACAUAAAACCCUUGGGUGAAGUAUAUUGAAGACACAGUGAAAUGUCUUUUGAAUUGUGUAUAUAAAAAUAUGUGAAGACAAGUUCCGUAGUAAAAUCUUGUCCAGUUAAUCUUGUACACUUACUUUUUUGCUUUCUGUGUGUUAAUGUAUAGUUCUCCCAGUUACAUACUAUA